AGGAGGUGACUCUCCGGCAGCAUUUCCACCGAGCGAAAGGAUCAUGGCGGAUGGCCCCAGGUGUAAGCGCAGAAAGCAGGCGAAUCCGCGGAGGACUAGCGUAAGUAACUACAGCGCUGUGGUGGAGGGCAGCUCGGAUUCUGAUGAUGAGGACAAGCUGCACAUCGCUGAGGAGGAAGGCAGCCUCCCUGAUGGCGAGAGCGUUGCCCCCGACGACGACCCCAAUGGAACUGUCGACCCCGAGGACAGGUGGGAUGAAGCGGUGAAGGAGGAGUGUGUGUCAGACGGAGAUGAUGAACGCAGCAGAGACGCUCUGGUGGAGGAGAUUCUGCAGUCGGGCGACACGGCCAUCAUCUACCCCGAGGCGCCCGAGGACGAGCCAUCACAGGGAACGCCAGAGAACAACGAAAAUGGCACUCCGGACGCGUUCUCCCAGCUGCUGACCUGUCCGUACUGCUCGCGGGGCUACAAGCGCUACGCCUCGCUGAAGGAGCACGUGAAGCUGCGCCACGAGAAGAGCGAGGACAACUACAGCUGCUCGCAGUGCUCCUACACCUUCAACCAGCGCGCACAGCUCGACAGACACAUGAGCGCACACAAGAACGGCCGAGACCAGCGUCAUGUGACUCAGUCUGGGGAACGGAAGUUUAAGUGCACUGAAUGUGGCAAAGCCUUCAAGUACAAGCACCACCUGAAGGAGCACUUGCGCAUACACAGUGGAGAGAAGCCGUACGAGUGCUCCAACUGCAAGAAGCGCUUUUCCCACUCGGGCUCCUACAGUUCCCACAUCAGCAGCAAGAAGUGCAUCGGCCUGCUGUCCGUCAACGGCCGGUCCCGUCCCCUCGUCCCUCCGGGUCCAGACUCGUCCCCACCGCCGUGCCCCGAACCCUCCCCGCCCCGCGAGAAGCCUGCCAAGCCCGCUGUGCCACGGGAGCCAAUCUCCAUCGCCCACAUCAAAGCGGAGCCUCUGGAAAGCGAGCUGAAGCCCUCUGUGCCAACGGUGCCCGCCGGUGCCAACACCACCACCACCACCACCACGGCGGCCGCGCCGGUGCCCGCCUCCGCUCCAGCUGUGCUGCCCACCGUGGGCCUGGUAUCGCCCGUGAGCAUCAGCCUGGCGCAGCUGCAGAGCCUGCUGAAGGCGGAUCCCGCGGGGCACGUGGUGGCAGCGCCAACGCCACCCGGGCCGCUCAUCCAGACCAUCAGCCUGCCGCUGCUCGACCAGGACGGCCACGCCAAGAUCCUCAUCAACUACAGCCUGGACCCGGGGCCCGGCGCGCAGACGCACGCCCGUGCUGCAGCUGAAGAAGGAGGCGGGUCGCCGUGGCGACGGCGCCCCCGACGACGGCGCACAACAACCCCCGCGCACGCGCCGGUCUGCAAGCCGGAGAGAGAGGCCGAGGACCUGACGCUGAGGAAGAGGAAGAAGAGCCUGGACGAGGAAGAGCAGGAGAAAGAGGAGGAGGAAGCGACGAAGGUCGGAGGCGGUCGUCAACGGCGAGGAGCGGUCACCGACGGCCGGUGCGACUCGGUCGCCACGGCGACGACCCCGGGCGAGAAGAGCCUGCAGUCAGUGCUGAAGGCGUACUACGCGCUGGACGCAGAGCCGGCCACGGCGGAGAUCGGCCGCAUCGCCGCGGCGGUCAGCCUGCCGCCCAGCACGGUCACGCGCUGGUUCCGCAAGAUGCAGCCAAACGGCCCGCGCACAGUACCCGCCAACACAAGCCCCUCAGGCGGCGACGCGGCCUCGCAGAGCUCCGAUGUGGACAUCUCGCCCCAGCUGACGCCGGACCCAACGCCCUCAUGUUCGCGGUCACCGUCACCCUCGCCACAAGCGCCCGCGGUCAGCCAAUCGCAGCCCAGCUCCUCCCCUCCGAGUCCCGGGGGACCCCUGAACCUGUCGGCCGACGGCCCCAUCCCGUGCCGGGGCGGCCUGGCCGACGGAGAGGGGCCCCUCGACCUCUCGCUGCCAAAGGCGUCUCCGCGGGCAACGACCCCCAACCAAGCCAGCCCGCCGGCCAUGCAAGACGAGCCGCUGAACCUCACCUGUGCCAAGAAAGAUGCCACGUCGUCCCCCAUCACCGCCGACUGUCCCUCAGUGCCCGCCGCCAUGGCCGGCCCCAUCAGCCUGGUGGCCACGCAGUUGCCCAUGUCUACCCUGGUGGCCAUCUCUGACCAGGGCGGCGCCAAGACCAUCCUCAUUCCCCAGCUGGCCUACACCUACGCCACGCCCACUGGUGACACGCUGCCCGACCAGGCCAAUCACACACAAGUGCUGCAUGUCAAUGGUCAAGGAGGAGAGGAUGAUGCCAGCGUGGAGAGUUCUGUAAUUGUGGUGCAGGAGGAGAAGAUGGACGUUGGUGUGGAUGGUGUGUCGGAGGAGCAGAAUGACUCGGACUCCGGUGCGCCCAGGCGAAAGAUGCGUCGGACGGAGGGGGGUCAGUACGCCUGUGACCUGUGUGACAAGAUCUUCCAGAAGAGUAGCUCCCUACUCCGCCACAAAUAUGAACACACAGGCAAGCGUCCGCACGAGUGUGGCAUCUGCAGCAAGGCGUUCAAACACAAGCACCACCUGAUCGAGCACACGCGCCUGCACUCGGGCGAGAAGCCCUACCAGUGCGACAAGUGCGGCAAGCGCUUCUCCCACUCCGGCUCCUACUCGCAGCACAUGAACCACCGCUACUCCUACUGCCGCAAGGACGCGCCGGGCAACGCCGGACGCAAGGAGUCGCCCACGGCGCCCACGCCAACGGGGGCGGGUCGGCCCCCGCGCAGCCCGGCGGUCACCGAGGAGCACCGGUCGCCGCUGCGCGACUCGGACGAGCGGGACGAGAGCGAGGAAGGCGACGGGGAGGAGACGGCGGCGUCCGGGAGCGUGGUGGACGAGGACGAGAUCCAGGUGGUGCGCGUCGGAGACGAGGGGGAGGAGGAGGACGAAGAGGAGGAGGAGGAGGUGGAGGAUGGAGAGAUGAUGAAGGUGGUGGUGAUGGAGGAGGAGAGAGAG